AUGACGAUGCUGGAAGAUAAGUACAUUGGCCUGGGACUGGCGAUUUCCAGCUCCCUGGCCAUUGGCACGUCAUUUAUUAUCACCAAAAAGGGUCUGAUAUCUGCACAGGUAUCGGGAUUUCAAGGUGACGGAUACCAGUACCUCAAGAACCCCUUGUGGUGGGCCGGUAUGCUCACGAUGGCUAUUGGCGAAAUUGCCAACUUUGCCGCGUACACUUUUGCGCCGGCAAUUCUGGUCACGCCUCUUGGUGCCCUCAGUGUUAUUAUUGGCGCCGUGCUGGCCGCCUUCUUCCUCAAGGAGGAGCUGGGGGUUUUGGGCAAGCUCGGGUGUGCUAUCUGUUUAAUUGGGUCUGUUAUCAUUAUUCUGCACGCACCCCCGGACAAAGACGUGCAAACUGUGGACGAGAUUUUGAACUACGCCACGCAGCCGGGGUUUCUGUUCUACGUCACGUUGGUCACGGUUUUCUCGGUGUACAUGAUCUACAAAGUUGCUCCUCGCUACGGUCGCGUGCACCCCAUGGUGUACAUUUCGAUCUGUUCUGCGGUUGGCUCGAUUUCGGUAAUGUCCAUCAAGGCGUUUGGCAUUGCUCUCAAGCUCACAUUUGCCGGCAACAAUCAAUUUUCGCACCCCAGCACCUACGUGUUUGUAAUUGUGGUUGCCGUAUGCAUUCUCACCCAGAUGAACUACUUCAACAAGGCAUUGGACCAGUUUGACACCUCGAUUGUCAAUCCCUUGUACUAUGUGAGCUUCACGACCUGUACGUUGUGUGCGUCGUUCAUCCUGUUUGGCGGGUUCAACACUACGAACGCUGUCAACACCAUCUCGCUCAUAGCGGGCUUCAUUAUUAUUUUCACCGGUGUCUACCUGCUGAAUGUGUCGAGAUCCGAAGACGUCAGACACCUGCUACCGUCCAGAUCGCUAGAUGGCAUCCCUAUGGACAAUACAGUGGCCGGAAUGCAGACUCGCCGCAGCAUCAACCUGCAGCGUCGGUCCCGCUCGUUCGGCACGCACGAUUUUGAGGAGGAGGCGUACGGCAUGUCCUCUUUCAACGACAACUCGAGCCGCAACGGAAGCCAGAGCGGCAGCAGAAGUGCCAGCAGAGAGCGCAGAGCCGCCCACGAGUCGCUGCUGCACAAUAACUAA